CUCCCCGCGCGCUGAACGUGUCUCAACGUUCGCGGAAGGUUGUGUUGAGUUUCUGAGCUUCAAUCUCAUGCGGCCUUGUCGCGAUAAUCCAGUUUACACAUGUUUAUUCGGAUCGAGGAUAAUAUAUCCAAAAACAUAUUGAGUUAAUAACGCCCAUGGACAUGGAUGCGGUGAACGCCUUUAACGGGGAGAUGAUGUCCAUGAUGGACAUGACUCCCCCGAUCUCAAGAGCCAAAAUGAUGUCUGUAACCAAAGCAGGAAUCAAAGCGAUCAAGCUUUACAAGCACGUUGUUCAAAUCGUGGAGAAGUUCAUCAAGCGGUGUAAACCAGAUCUAAAGGUUGCUGGUCUCUAUGUGGUCGACUCAAUCAUCCGACAGUCCCGCCAUCAGUUCGGCUCAGACAAAGAUCUGUUUGGUCCGAGGUUUUUGAAAAACUUCACUGUAACGUUUCAGAACCUUUUCCAGUGCCCGGCCGAUGACAAGGGGAAGAUAUUGCGUGUGUUGAAUCUGUGGCAGAAGAAUGACGUGUUUGGCAUGGACGUCAUUCAGCCGCUGUUAGACAUGGCCACGGCUCCAGUGCUGCCUGUUUUAGAGAAUGGAACCACAGUUGCCGCUCCUUCAGCCAUGCCAAUGCCAGUGGCAGUGCCAGAGUCAGUGCCAGCACCAGUGCUAGUACCAGCUGUUGCCACGGCAACACCCGCGCCCACCGUUCAGGCCCCAGUGGCCCUCGCUGCAGUCGCUCAGCUCCUCCAGGGCACAGGGGGCGUAGAGUUACAGCAGCUGCUCCAAACUCUUCAGCAGGCCGGAGGGGCGGGGCUUCCUCAGUCUACUGCCCCGCCCACUGAGCAGAAAACAUCAUUAGCUAAGUCUCUGCUGGAUCGUUUUGAUUAUGAUGAUGAACCCGAACCUGUGGAGGAAAAGACCGAACCAGCCCCCGCUGCUCCUAUUACCAUAAACCUCCCUCCAGAAUUACAACAAGCCCUGCAAGCACAUCUUCUAAGUCAAAUCGUUAACCAGACACAGAUGCAGGGUCAGAUGGCGUCCCAGGGUCAAGUGCCGUCCCAGGUUCAAGUGCCAUCCCAGGGUCAGGUGGCACCCCAGGAGUUCCCAUCGAUGGUUCAGACCCAGAUACCAGAUAAUCCUCCUCAAAACUUUGAGGAGAGCAUCAUACAGCCUAGCACAACCCAGCAGCCACAGGAUACAGCUGAGACAGAACGUUCAGUGCAUGAUGGGAGAGAUCGAAGACACAGCAGACGAACAAGAUCAAGGUCCCCACGGAGACGAUCGUCAUCACACUCACGCAGAUCGCGGUCUGGUUCACGUUCCCGGCGCGAACGCUCGAGGCAUCAUCGCUCCCGAUCCAGAGAGCGUCGAGGACGCUCACCGCAGCCACGCUCAGAGGAAAAGAGAGACAGGGAGAAAGAGCGAGAGCGGCGACAGAAAGGACUUCCGCCCGUCAAGAAAGAAACUCUCAGCGUGUGUAGUACUACAUUAUGGAUCGGACAGCUGGACAAAAAGACUCAACAGCAGGACAUCAUGAGUCUGAUGGAGGAGUUCGGACAGAUCGAGUCCAUCAAUAUGAUUCCUCCCAGAGGUUGUGCCUACAUCGUCAUGGUGCACCGACAGGAUGCCUACACAGCCCUGAACAAACUCAGCAGAGGGGCUGUUAAAGUCAACCAGAAAACCAUUAAGAUCGCAUGGGCAUUGAAUAAGGGCAUAAAGACGGACUUGAAGAAGUACUGGGACGUGGAGCGGGGCGUCACUUAUGUCCCCUGGGAAAAAGUGAAACCCGAUGAUAUUCUGAGUCUUCAAGAAGGAGGCAUGCUUGACUCUGAAACGCUCAAAUCAGAGUGGAGAAGUGCUGUGGCUAAGCUGGCUGUGCCAGUAACAGAAGGACCUGAAGGAAAACAGGAAGAUGGAGCUGCACUACCAUCGGUAUCACAGAGCCCCUCAGUUCAGCCUGUUUCCACAAUGAAUGUCAUCCCAGGACCCCUUCCUAACAUGAGUUUACCACCUCCAGCCAUGAUCACAGGAGCCUCCCCUCCGCCUUUCCCUCAUCUGGGAUUCAACCCACCACAGAUGCCUGCAGGAUUCCCUCCUGUCAUCCCAGUGGCCUCUAUGAACCCUGCAGGUCCUCCUCCAUCCAUCACAGAAAGCCCAACCAAAGAACCUUCAGAAGACACUCCUGAGCUUCCCAAGAGUCACAUGGACCCGACAGGAGCUCAAGCGCUCAGUCCGCCACAUCUCACGGGGAUUCUGGGGCCCAGGCCGGGACCCCUACCACCACACCCCCCUGUGGGGCUCCGCCCACCAUUCAUGCCUCCUUUCCCCAGUAAUGGGCCUCAUCCCAUUCAUCCCCCUCCAAAUAUGCCCCAUCAAAUGAUGCCCCCCAGGGGCCCCAACCCAAUGUAUGGUGAACCUCCUGCGGGCCGAUUUCGGAUGCCCAUGAUGGGCCCUCCAAGACACAAUGGCCCUCCAAGACACGAUGGCCCUCCAAGACACGAUUUCACCCCUCACAGGCCCCCCAUGGGUCAUAGGGGAGAGGAACCGCACUGGCGGGAUCAAGCACCCGAAAGGGGCCCGGACAGAUUUGGAAAUGAGCCACCGUUUCAUCGGGGUGGGUGGGGCAGGGGCGGCCCUCGUGGACGAAGUCGCUUUGGGAACUGAGUUGAGUGUUUUUAUUGGCCAAUAGCUUCAGCUCCGACUGGACUGUGGAAAACAGGACUCUGCGUCCUGUUGACUGGGGAACGGGAAUACGGAGAACACAUGAAAUUAACGGACACAGUUUCUAAAGUUCACGUCUCCGAAUACCAGUGAUGGUGCUCACCUUUCUACAUGUUGUAAUAUUCGUUUUGAAUAGGCGAGACAGAACCAUGGAUCACAUAUUAUGAAAUUCCCGUUUGCACUUUCUCGCUCCAUGUAAAAUAGAAGAGGUCUGUAAUAUUUCAGAAGUUACACUCACUACCAUAAACUAACAUUAGAGGUCUAGUGUAAAAUGUUUAAUGUAAAUAGUCCAGUUUGCACACUUUACGAUUGUUGUACCAUGAAGAAACCAUCUCUGGAAUAUGUUCAGCUCAACUUCCGUUGUGUAUAUUUGGAGGAAAUAUUUAGUUUAAUGCUUCUGUAGCCUUUCAGCGAGGAAGAAUAGUGUAACCACUGUGUUGUGUAAUCAUUAGAGCUGUAGGUUGCACUCGUCAACGGUAGAGCAUCAUCUUUGGCGGUUUAAUUUUACGAAGCUAUUUUUUUACCAAUCAUUCUUGGUUUCUUUUUCUGUCUUAAAGGUUUAUAUUAACAUGCUAAAACGAACACGAGUAAAUGUUGUGUGGCUACAUAAACUGA